AUGCAAUUCUCUCUUCUUCUCGUCGCGGCAUAUGCUUGCAGCGCAUCUGCACGCCUGACUUGGUCUUUGGCAAAAGCUUCCAACCCCACUGCUGACCAAAGAGAUGCAUACACCAAGAUCGAAGCCGCGAUGACCAAGGCCGUUGCGCGCUAUGAAAAGUACUCUGAUGCCAACAAAACGAUCCGUGUAGCAUAUGCACCAGGUGUUCCUACUGCCGAAGCAAAUUACAACGGCGACCUACGCUUCGGCUCGGAUCGCGCUUACAUGACCGAAAGGACAGCGAUGCACGAAAUAUCCCAUACGUUGGGAGUUGGUCAGACGGCGGCUUUCAACACGAAGUGCGCAGCGGGUGAUUGGAAGACAGCGCUACCAUUGUUGAGAAGCUUUGAUGGGGCGAAUGCGAAGAUUACUUGUGGUGGUGGGCAUUUCUGGCCAUAUGGGCUGAACUAUGAGACGGAGUGGAGCGAAACAAAUGCAAACCGGCAUGUGCAGAUAGUCGAGGCUAUGCUGACUGAUGGAAUGUGA